UAUAAAAAUGAAUAUUUGCUUGUACGUCAUAUUUAAGUUUUGCGAUUUUCUAAAAUAUAAUUUGGUAAAGUUUUAUUAAAUACGCGUACAUAAAUUGAAUAUUAUAAUUUUCAGUUUAUGUUGUAUAAGAAACAAUUACAAGGAAAAACAUUAAAUAUGAUUGGAAAGAUAAGUUGUAUAUUCUAAAACAAUAUUCCAUAAUGAGUGAUUCAUCUAAUCAAAAUAAUAACUUGGGUGAUUUAAACACAUAUACCAGAGUUGUGAGUGUAAAUAAUUUUGUCAGUUCACCAAAUUCGGAUAUUCGUAUUGAAAUACAUGGUUCAGCACCACAGAGUAAUGCAAGUACAUCUCAAGUCGUAAGUGGUAAUAGUUCUAAUAGAGAAGAAAACAUUGCAGGAAAUUCAAAUAAUUCUACUAGUCCGCGACAACUUUCAAUAGAUAUGUCAUCAUCGACAGUCGCCCAACCAAUAACAGAUAAUGGAAUCGUAAAUAAUAAUUUACAAAUUCAAGAGCAAUCGAAUAUGAAUUUUUCAGCGUUAUUACUGCGAACUACACCAUGGUCAUCUUUUCAAAAUGUAUUUCAAGGUGUGCGAAGACCUUCACUGCAAAUUCAUAAUUUACGAACUUGGAUGCCAAGACCAGUAACUUUUCGCUAUGUGCCUGUUUCACACGUAGCUCAGAUAGGAAGAACAAAUAAUCAAUCUGCAAGUGGUGAAAACAAUUCAUCGGAAGUUUUAGAACAAGACCAAGGUCAUUCCCAUCAUCAUCAUCAUCACCAUCAUCAUAAUCACAAUAGGCAAGGAAAUGGAAAUGUGCAGCAGCAUCAUCAUCAUCAUCACAUUCAAGAACCAAUACCGCCAAGAAGGACUGCAUUACAAGAACGCGUAGCUAAUUUACAACGGAACGAUCCACCCGAUUUAUUACCAAAUGAACGCUCUAAUAAUGACAGAAAUGGUGGAGGUGAUGAUUCAAAUGAUGAUUCUGUAGCCGAAAUAUUCGCACAAGUACCUGAAGCGAGACGUGCUAUGAACAUGCUCCUUCGAUACGUACCAUUUGUAUGUAUACUUUUGGCCAAAUCAACCUAUGAUCAUAUAAGGGGCUUGACAGAUUUAUUUAUUUUGUCCGUAAUAUUCCUACAUUCUAAUUCACUAUUACGUGACCAAAUUGCUAAUCAAACAUCACGUAGUGUACUUCUGUUACUUAGGGAAUUUCUUUACAUAUUUGCUAUAGUUUUACUUCGUUUUUUAUUUGUGGAUGAGCAAACGUUGUAUGGAUUAUUUUUGAUAAAUUUAAAUUGGACAACUGAUCAGAUAGAAAAAACUAUAUCACUAAGUCCACUAUUAUUUUCAGUGGCUGUAACCGAUUUAUUGUUAAAACUAGCAACCAUAGUUGUUAAAAUUUUUAUUACAAUUUUACCACCAAAUAUAAUAAAAUACAAAAGACGAGGAAGAAUAUAUGCCUUAAUUGAAGGCUUUUCUCAAUUAUAUCGAGCAUUAGCUCCUAUAGAGCUUUGGUUGCUUUUUCUUUUAGAUUCUUAUACAGGAAUGGAAAAGGCAUUGGGAGUUCUAUUUUCCGCAGUUUAUAUUGUUUCAAAGGCGAUUGAUAUAUAUGAGAGAGGAAAAUUCUUCAGGAAAGCCUUCAUUAAUUUCCAAAAAAAAGUCAGCUAUGGAAGAGAACCUACUCGUGAAGAAUUGCAGACUGCUGGUCAAUGUCCCAUUUGUCAUGAUAAUUUCGAUACUCCAGUUAUACUUGAAUGUAACCAUGUUUUUUGUGAAUUAUGUGUUGGAACAUGGUUUACAAGAGAACAAACUUGUCCUUUAUGUCGCGCAAAAGUAGCCGACGAUCCAUCUUGGCAAGAUGGGGCGACAACGUUUUUUGUACAAUUAUACUGAGUUUCACAAUAUUUUCAUAAGAAAAAAAUAAUAUGCAUUUUAAAAAAAAACAAGGCAAGUUUUAAUUUUAUUUUACCUAUAGAACAGAUUUAUGUUUUUAAAUUACCAAAACAACCAAAAUGAAUUUUCAAUGUUAAAAACUCUUAUUUUAUUAAUUU